CAAAGGAGGAUGCUUCAGGGCUGCAGGUGCCCAGAUGGCGACCGGAACGAUCACUGGCGUUAUCUUAGUGGGGGUUGGCGUAAGCUUAAUGGGGCCAGGGUGCCCUGUAAACCGCGUUUAGACCUUCUUUAAUUGGCUAAAAUGAAUCGAUGGAACGCCGUGGGGUUAUUUGGAGAUUUGGAGAUGCGACGGUCCCAAUGAUGUAACACCAACCUCUCCUGCUCUCUCUCCAUCAUCUCUAUCUCUCACUCCUUCUUCCAUGUCUUUCAUGUGCCAUUGAUAAACAUGAAAGAAAUGGAGUAUAGGAAAGGCGAGCUCCCGCCCUACAGUGCCGUAGCAGCACCGGAGCGGCGCAGGCGCUGGCCCGUCCGACGUACUCGGGGACUCAAAUUCGUGGCCCUAGCAUGUCUUGCUUUCAUUGUUUAUGCGCAAUGGAGACAGAUAGACUCCUUUCCGAGACAUAGGCCGAUAUCCAAACUGUCGGUCGAGAAACUGGCGGAGGACUUGCGGGUGUGCUCUAAAUUGCGUUCGAAGCCGCAAGACCCUAUCGGCUUGGGCCGAGAGCGUAAUGCGCGAUACGUCGAUGGGCACAAACCUACCUUAAUCAAGAAUGCGAGCAUUUGGGUUGGUGAGCCUGCUGCUGGAACGAGUUCCGAGGAUGCGCGCGCUGGGAAGGGCUUCGAGUGGAUUGAAGCUGAUGUUCUGUUGGAAUAUGGCCUCAUUAAAGAAGUGAGAAAGGGCAUUGACGCUAGCUUGUUUUCAUCCGACACUGUCGUGUGGGAUGCUAAAGGCCGCCGGCUUACUAGUGGUAUCAUCGAUAUGCAUAGUCACGCUGGCGUAGAUAGCUUACCCGGGUUAAAUGGCAACGAUGACACAAAUGAGAUGGGUUCGAAUAUAACCCCGUACGUGCGAUCUAUCGAUGGAAUAAACGUUUUCGAUCACCAGAUCCAGGUCAUCAAAAGUGGAGGAGUUACGACGAGCUUGAUUUUGCCGGGUUCUAGUAACAACAUUGGAGGCGAAGCUUUUGUUAUCAAACACGCUGUUGGCGAACCAGAUGGCCGCAACGAAACAUCGAUAGCCGACUUGCUAGCUGACCCGGAUCGUAAUUGGCGAUACAUUAAGAUGGCCUGCGGCGAGAAUUCUAAGCGCACUUACGGAAAAGCUGGAGAACAUGGACCUACAAGUCGAUUAGGCGAGUCCUGGGAAUUUAGGCACGCCUUCGAACAGGCCGCCAAGUUGGUUCAAGAUCAGAAUGAUUGGUGUACCUUGGCUGAGUCUGUAGGCGUUGAACGGAUGAACACCUACCUGCCACAAGACUUAGAAUGGGAGACGCUAGGUGCUGUACUACGUGGUCAGGUCCAUGUCAACACACACUGUUACACGGUUCCUGAUUUGGAAGCAUUCGUGGAUCACACAAACGAGUUCAAGUUUCCGAUUCGGGCCUUCCACCACGCGCAUCAGACAUUUCUCGUACCCGAAGUUUUGAAGCGAGCGUGGGGCGACUCCCCGCCCGCUUCGGCUCUGUUCGCCGACAAUAUGUGGUACAAGGCCGAAGCUUACAUCGGAUCCGAGUAUGCUGGUAAAGUGCUAUAUGAAAAUGGCUUGACUCCCAUAUACGUGAGUGAUAAUCCGGUAUUGAAUGCUCAGCAUGUAGUCUUCGAGGCUGCCAAGUCAUUCGGAUAUGGUUUACCGUAUCAUGCUGCUUUGGCUGCUGUUACGACGGCACCGGCUGAGCGAUUGGGAUUGGGACAGCGGAUAGGCAAAGUUAAGCCUGGAUUCGAUGCCGAUAUCGUCGUAUGGGAUAGUGACCCGUUGAGUGUUGGCGCGACACCGGUCCAGGUCUGGAUUGAUGGAACCGCGCAGUUCGAUGACCCUGUUGAGUUGAGAAAGCCAUUCUCCUCUGCUCCAAGCUCUCUUCCGGAAGUCCCUGCCGCUCCGGACGAAAUUGUUUCUACGAGCGACGUAAUAUUUACUGGAGUUUCGAAGUCCUUUUUAUCACCUAUGUUUCAAUCAGGCGCCCAUAGUCAAAAUUCGACCGUUGCAAUUUCAGGUGGUAAAAUCACAUGCGUAGGAGUUUGUGAAGAGGAACUCGAAAUCGCCUCCAAGUCAGGCACCAAGGUCAUUUCUCUCCAGAACGGUUACUUGACCAGGCCGUUCACGAUAUUCGGCUCUCUUCUUGGCCUCAACGGAAUCGAUGCAGAGAAAGAUACCGACAAUGGUGGCAGUCCCAGUGUUUUCAGUCGGGGUGUUGACGGGCUCGCACUCGGCACCAAGAAACUUCACUACGCGCAGAAAUACGGUGUCACACGAGCAAUCUCCGCACCGAAGUAUUCGGGACAAGGAACACACCAGGGAACUAGCGUCGGAUUCCGCACGGCUGCGAAGCACGCUCUUGAUCACGGCGCCAUAUUCGCCGAUGAUGUGGCCGUGCAUUACACCCUGGACCUCAGCGCAAAGCGAGGCAGUACUUCGAUUUCCAACGCCGUCAACGAACUGCGCCACAAGCUCCUCGAGGCCGUUGCCGCGGAUGCUAACGCUUCCACCACAGACCCUUACACCGAAACCGCGUUCCUAGCCAAGGUCAUCGAUGGCGAACUUCCGCUGGCCAUUAGCGUUCAUAGCGCCGACGCCAUCGCUGCUAUCCUGAAAGUUAAGCAAGUCGUCGACAAGGCCAUUACCUCAUCACGAGCUACCGGUAGCGGUAACAUCAGAUUAGUCCUCAUCGGCGGCGCGGAAUCCUUCCUACUAGCGGACGAGCUGGCCGCCGCAGACGUUGGCGUUGUGCUCAGCCCUCUGCUCUCCUACCGCAACGGGUGGGACCAGCGAAGGGCGCUGACGGGCGCGCCGCUCACGAACGGGACUGCCGUCGACGCUCUUGUCGCCGCUGGCGUUCGCGUGGCUGUGGGUAUUGAGGAGGAUUGGCUCGUGCGUGAUGUUGGGUUACUAGCGGGUAUCGCGUAUAAGAAUAGUCAGGGGAAGUUGAGCGAGAAGGAAGCGCUGGAUUUGGUUUCGGAUAAUGUGUAUGCAAUUUUAGGAUUGAAGCAGAGUGGAAGUGGAAGAGAGAGGGAGGAUGAGAGGGAGUUCGUCGUCUUUGAGGGGAGCCCGCUGGAGAUUGGGGCUAGGGUAAGGGCUGUUGGGGGUGGUGUUGGUGAGGAGGUUAUGGUGUUUUUGUAGGUGUUUAUUAUGGUAUUAUAUUUACUAUAUUACAUACACAAUCCUAUGUUUUUGAUCUUGAAGACUUGUUAUUCCAGUAGCCAUUAUGGUACUUAGGUAUGAUUAUGUGAUAUUGUGAAUACGAAUAGGGGCGUUGUGUUACUGGAAGAUGUGCUUUUGGAUGUGAAAUGAUGGGGUGCUUUUUGGUGAUGAUUAAUAAAUAUAGGUAUAUAUGUAGCGUCUUCUGCGUAAUACCUUCUUGCUUUAACUUACCAUGUUAAUGAUUGUGCUUGACAACAUAUUAACGUCUCAUUUUGAAUAGGAAUUCACGAUUAGCGUGAUGGAAAAUCACA